UUGCAAAUGGGCUGUCGCUAUUAAUAAGUUGCCGGAAAAUUGUAUAUUAUAAUAAUAUCGGCAUGCAUCAAAACGCGUUGCGCGUGGGUAACUGGGAGCUGAAGGGCAUUCUGGGACAAGGUGGCUUUGGUGAAGUUAGGCAUUGGAUAAAUCGCACAACAAACCAGGAAAUAGCCACCAAGCACAUCAAGAAGCACAUAAAGGAUGAAACAAGCGCUGAUCAGCAGCGUACUCUGAUAAACCGAUGGCAGCAGGAGCUUAAAUGGACACUUCAGUUUCAGAUGCCCUUCAUUGUCGCCGGCGUUAGAUUGGACGAGGAUUCGGGGGGGUUCGUCAAGUAUUUGAAAAGUCACCACAUUUGGGACCUGCCAGUUAUUAUUCUUGAGUAUUGCAAUGGAGGCGAUGUUCGCAGACUUCUUCAGAGACCGCAAAAUGCUAACGGUCUUCUGGAGUUUGAAGUUCGCGAGAUUUUAGGUGCCCUGCGACAAGCUGUUGAUUUUUUGCACACGACCUGUAAAAUCUGUCAUCGCGAUCUGAAGCCGGACAAUAUUGUGAUACAUCGACUACCCAAUGGCCGUAAGCUCUACAAGCUGACAGAUUUUGGUUUGGCGCGUGCUUCGCCGGAGAAUACCAUUCAGCAAAGCGUAGUGGGCACAAGACAUUACUAUGCACCCGAGGUGGUAGACACCGGCAAGUAUAAGAACACGGCCGAUUACUGGUCGAUGGGGAUCAUUGCCUACGAGGUGGCGACUGGAGUGUUGCCAUUUAUACCCCACCAAAAAGCGUUCAAUAUCCAUGUGAAUCUUGAGAAGAAAAAGCGCGAGUGUAUUGCAAUAACAGAGAAUCAUUUGGAACCGAAUAGCUUUCUCUUUCAUACCCAGAUACCCGUGGGUCAUCACCUAAGCUUACCUUGGUUGGCACGACUGACAAGGUGGCUUCCGCUGGCCCUCGACUACAACUAUUCACGACGUGGUGCUUUAGCGGCAACUGAUGAAGUACAAAAUGGAUUACCAGGACCCGCCAUAUUCACAGAGAUCGAUCGUAUGCUUAAGGUAACAGUACUGACGCUUUUUUUAGCGUGCAGCUUCAAACGCUUAGAAUACGAAGUAACGCCCAGCACGACAAUGGAGCAAUUGGAAAGUUUUAUUGAAAGAGAAACCGGAUAUAAAAGGCAGACCAAUUACUAUGUGUUACCCACGGGUCAUCCACACAAACGCUUGACCAAGAGUACCAUACCCAUGGAUCUCUAUGUGGAAAAAUGGUGCGAUACAAGCGAAGAGUCACGGAAUCCACCAGUCAUGGUCUACAUUUUUAACACCACGGAGAAGUGUCAAUUUAUGGAACCAAAAAUGCCGAAUGACCUUCAACAUUUCAUAACUUCUUCAAGCGAUAUGAAAUUAGAAAAGUGGUUAAAUGACCACCUGGUCUUGGAAAUGCAUCAUGUGCUCAACAAGGAACAUGAUCUCGUAAGAAUGCUACUAUGUGGAUUCAAGGAGUAUGCAUUGACUCUGGAGGACGAAAUUCUCGAACUUCAGCCAUUCGCUAAAGCUAUAGAACAAGAAAAGGUCAUGUGCUGCGGUGCCAUACAGCAGUUUCAGCUACUGCUAACAGAUGCACAAAAACAGCAAAAACUCUAUUUGCCCAACAGUGGAGAGUGGCAAUCCAAUUUGAUGAAAGUAAGCAAAUAUAAAGAAGUCAUUACUUUUGUUGAAAAAGUCAUAAAUCAUUAUGAAUCUACGUUGCGCGGAGUUCGCAGCGUCUGCAUAACGGAGAGCCAAGAGAUCAACGAGACUAUACUUGGCAAUGAUAUAUAUAAAAUCAAAGAUUUUCAGAGGAAUUAUCUUAACCGUGUUGACGCCAUAACGUCCAAAGAGCUGGCUAAUAUAGCCAUUAAAUUUGCCCAAGCACGUCACGCUUUUAUCGAAGACAAAAAAUUAAAACAUUUUCGCGAUAGCACAAACUAUCUGCAUCUGCGCUAUUCGAAAUUAAAAGAUACUCUAAAUAAUGCCCAUGAGAAUCUCAUGGCGGUUCAACGUCAACUGCUGGCACAGCAAUUGGAAAUGCUGCCAAGUGCCCACCCAAAACAAGAGCAGCCCAUGCAUCAGCUAAAUAACGCGAUGAGCCGGCUGAGCUUUAUUGUCGAUAACGGCAACCACGAACCGGCUGCUAGUUUGGAUGCUUUCGAUAGUCUGUCCGCCGAGAAUGUGAUUGCCAAGGCGUUGAGCAUCACCCAACUGUUUGAGAGUGAGAUGGACAUCGAUCGGGAUUAGCUUCCUUAAGCAUAAAGUGCCUUCAAUAUUACUGUUUGAUAUUAACUUAAGUCAGCAAUACUUUUUAUACUUAGCUACAAUGCUUUAAUUUGUUACAUUUUAUAACUGUAAUUCGCAGUUGAUUCAGUUUUUUUUAAUUUGUUAUAAUUUGAGUCUGGCUCUUGUUGAACAAGCUUUAUUUUAAUUUAAUUACGCAUGCUCCACGUUUUAAGUUUGUUUAUUAUGUAUAUGAAUUUAUGUAUGUGCGCUAUUUGUUUCAUUAUAACGUUUAACUU